GGCCAAACAUGGCGGGCGUUGCCAGGGACUGAGAAAGACACACGGAAUUACACACUCAGGUCAACUGGCAGUGGAUGGCUGGUCCUACCAUUGAGAAAAAGCCUCUCUCCAACAUCCCAGGUAGUUUCCUACCUACCUAAGUCAUCAUGUCCCUGUUAAGUGGCGGGUUAGUACCCCGAAUCCACCCCUCCGUUCCGCGAUCCAUUAUCCGACGGCAAGCGCUGUCCCGGUGGAUUGUCCCUCCCCCACCUUGUGCUUCCGGUCCCGAUUGCCGACUCGGACGCUGUCCGCCGCCAGUAUAUACCCAUUCCCAUUCCCAAUUCAGAUCAUGUCUCUCCACGAAACCACCAGGUAGUAGUACAGCACGCCAGACCAGACUGCAACAAUGGCAGCCGAAAGGACCGCCAACUGGGAGAAGUCCAUCCAGCGCAACCCGCACCCCGACUUCAAGCAGGUCGAAGCCUCGCGCCCACCGUUCGACUCCUCCACCGCCUUCCACUACACCCAGACCCCAGACCCAACCUGGACCUUCGGCGCAGGCGCGAACUCGACCGUCUCCCCGGAUGAUGAGGCCAACAACAAGAAACACAUCCCCAUCGACCCCUACGCGCCCGGGCGGCCAGCAGGGUUCAACUACAAGCUCCUGAUCUCGGCCGUGGUGCCGCGGCCGAUCGCCUUCCUCUCCACGCGCUCCGCCGACGGCGCCGUCACCAACCUGGCGCCCUUCAGCUACUUCCAGCUCAUCGGGCACGACCCGCCGCUGUUCAUCAUUGGCUUCGCCUCGGCGCUGGAAGCGUCGCGCGCCAAGGACUCUCUGCGGCUGCUCCACGAGCGCGGCGAGUGCGUCAUCAACAUCGUCUCCGAGUCCUUCGUCGAGGCCGCCAACGCCACGAGCAUCAACGCGCCGCUCGGCGUCAGCGAGUGGGACGUCAGCGGGCUGACGCCGGUCUACGACUGCGAGACGGUGGGGUGUGCGCGCGUGAAGGAGGCCGUCUUCUCCAUCGAGGGCAAGCUGGAGAGCGUGCGCGAGUUCGAGAGCCGCGCGACGCCCGGGAAGGUGUCGGCUACGUUGGCGGUGAUUGAGGGGACGCGCUUCUGGGCGCGGGAGGAUGCGGUUAAUGAGGACAGGAAUAUUCUCGAUCCUGCAGUCCUGAGACCGGUCAGCAGGUUGGGAGGGAUUACUUAUGGGAGGGUGACCGGAGGGUUUGAGUUGCCGAGGCCAGACUUUGAGAAGGACUUGGGCGGUGUUGAAGGGGCGAAGAAGCUGGAGAGCAAGAACUUGCCCAACUAGGUGCAUGCGUAUUAGGGGUCAGCACCCUGAAAUGGCUCCUCGAGAGACGUUGGUCUGCUGCUGCGCCAUAGAAGAUAGAAGGAAACGGAUUAGACAAUGGCAGCAAUGUUUGGGUCUAUGCUGACUGAUCCUUUCACCCAAUUAUCGUCUCGAGCUAUACACCCUAGAAAACUAACAUACAAUGCCUGUCAAUUCAUCUAUCCAUUCAU